AACAUGAUUUCCAAUCCGACUUCUUACCCAUGUAAUAAAGUAAUAUCUUUUUUUUCAUAAAAGAACUCGUACAUAUUACUGUAUUUAAAGCGAAGACUCGGUAAAAUAUAUUAUAAAAAUAUGAACAAAGGUAUAAAAUAUAUAUUUAGUGAUUUUGCGUAAUGAAAAAUGAAUAACUUCUUAUAUUUAAAGACAAAUCACAUGAUAUCUUUCAAAAAUAAGGUCAAAAGUGAAAGUUUAAAAUGUUAAUCAUGUGCGUUAUACCUGUUGAAUAUGUGACUAAUGUUGACGUCGAGAGAAAACGAAUUCCACAGCUACAAAGUGCAAUACAAAAAUGUUUACGAACAAAAUUAUAUUUACUUUAUUGAGAAAUGAAAAUGUAACCCGAGCAAUCUUAUGUAGUAAUUAUAAUGUGUAUUGUGAAACACAAAGAAAUGUGCAUAUUUCUAUACAAAGGAAAUUUCAUUUACAUCAAUUUAAUAAGGUUGAAGCAAAGCUUGCAGGAAGUCAAAAACCAGAUUGGAAUAGAGCUGUUUCAGAAGCAGAGAAAAUUGUUGGAUAUCCAACAUCAUUUCUAAGUUUACGAUGGCUUUUGAGUGAUGAAAUAGCAAAUGUAGCUUUACAUUUGAGGAAACUAGUGGGAUCUAAUCAUCCUUUGUUAAAAACAGCCAAAAGUGUUAUCUAUAAUGGACGUAACAAUAUGCAAGCAUGGGGUCUUAUUGUAUUAUUAAUUUCAAAAGCUGCUGGUCAUUUGAGUGUAGAUGAUAUGGAAGAAGAUAAAGCUGCAGGUGUAUUGCACAGUCAAAGAGCUUUAGCAGAAGUAACUGAAAUGAUACGUACAAGUCAUCUUGUUCACAAAGGACUGGUAAAUAUAGAAUCUGAUGUUUAUUUAGAAACAUCUGAAUUAAAUGAUAUGAAUUUUGGUAAUAAAAUUGCAUUAUUAAGUGGAGAUUAUUUAUUAGCAAAUUCUUGUGCUGAAUUGGCAAAUCUUCGUAAUCAAGAUAUUGUAGAAUUAAUGUCAAGUGCUGUAAGAGACUUAGCAGAAGCAGAAUUUGUAGGACGUAGAGAUAACCAAAAUAAUCCUUUACCUUCUGUACCACCUGAAGAUCGCAAGGAUUAUGCAGUAAAGGAAUGGACUCUUAGAAAUGUUUUAAGUGCUGGUGCCUUAUUAGGAAAAUCAUGUAAAGGUACAUUAAAAUUAGCAGGACAUAGCAAUGAAAUACAAGAACAAGGUUACAAUUUUGGAAAACACUUAGCAUUAGCUUGGCAAGCUUGCUUAGAUUUGGGUCCUUUUAUUACAAAAGAUCAAAAUGUAACAUUCAAUCUGUGUUCUGCACCAAUUAUGUUUCAUAUUGAACAUGACCCAUCAAUUUUAACAGAAAUUGAUAAAGGUUUGGAAUCUGUGAAUAAUGUAGAUUAUGUUAAGAUUCAUAAAAUUGUUAUGAUGGGGCCUGGAGUUGAAUUAACAAAACAGUUGCAAAAAAGACAUUCACAAAAGGCAAUGGAAGUUUUAAGUGUAUUUGAAAAAAGUGAUGCAAGAAAAGCAUUAUGUAAUAUUAUAGCCGCUAUGGGAGACUUCUGAAUAACUCAAUUAAAACCUUAUAUAAUUGCCCAAAGAUCAGUUUCAGGACUCCGUCCUUGUUAAGUUUUCAGUUUUAACACAUACUCAAACAUAUAAAAUUUAUAUUUUAUUUAUAUUAUGAAAUAUAAUAUUGUCAAAUUUUAAUAUAUAUAAUUAAG